AUGAGUAAGCUUAUGGAUAAAUUAAAAAGGAUGGAGCCCUUUUAAGCUCAAAAAAAACAAAAUAUACUAAAGAAAUAAAUAAAGGAUCCCUAAAUCGAAAACUCCACCUAUCAAGAUAUUGAUGAGAAAUUUAAUUCUCUUUGCAAUUUUCAGUCACAGUAGCUGAUUAAUUUUGAAUUGAAAAUCCCUCCACCAUAGUUAGAUGAAGAGUAACUAAAGGCAUACAGUAGAAAUAAAAUUUAAAGAAGCUCAACUAAAAGAUAGUCUACAAUUGUAUAAGCAAGUAAACUUUAAAGUACUCGCUCAAGUUAAAUUAUUUAAGGGGGAAAAUUAAAUAUUUAAAGUCCUAAAAUGAGUGUUACUAAUUCCGUAUUUGCAUCUCAAGUGCUUACAAGUCCAUAAAUAGACUCAGAUCACUUUUUGUAGUUAAAAGGGCAUCAAAAAUAGUAAAAUAAGCAAAAUAUCAAUUCGUAAACUCAGUUAUCUUAGCUAAAGACAUCUGCUUCAUUGAAUUCAGCUAAGAGACUUUCUCCUCUAAAAGUUAGCACCAUGAAUCUGAACAAAGAUAAAUCUUAACAAGAUGAUAUUCAUUCACCUGAAAAGAGACUUCACUAAAUGAGAAAAAAUUAAGGGAAUAUAAGAUUUACAAAGAAGAAAAGUACUUAUGUCUUUAAUGAGCAUGCAACACAAAAUAAAUAAAAUGAUAAAGAAAGUGAUAUAGAUGAGAGAGUUAGCCAAAGCCCUGAAUGGCUCUUAAUUUAGUAGAAACUUAAAAAUGCUAUCAAAAAUAAAAAGCACUAAUAAGAAGAUGACUACAUUAAUCCUGUCGUUUAAUUAUUUGGAAACAACUUUAUAGCAAUGGUUUUAUAAGCUUUAAUCAUCAAGAAAAUAGAUGAUCUCUAUGGCAUGAAAAUAAAUACAGAUUCCAAUAUACCUAUCAGUGAGAACCUUUUAAAGCAAUUUGGAAUCUCAAGUACAAUGCUGAACUCGCUUAAUAGUGCUAAUGAAAAGAGAUAGUAUAUUGCAGAUACCAUGACAGCAAGAAUUAGCCUUAUGAUUAAAGAAUGGGAUGAGAAAUAGGGCUUUAGAUAAUAAAAACUACAACAAGAUGAAAAAAUAACUGAUAAAGAAGAGCAGAGGAAAAAUGAAAGCUAAGGAGAUAUGUUUGAUUGGCUGAAAAUAGAGACAAACCAUGACUAACUCAAGAAAAAACUAAGAAUGGCUAUUGUCGAAAAGCUCACAGAUUUUGAAAAUUAAGAGGAGCUAAAGAAAUUAAGAUAAUAAAAAGAAUAAUAGUAAAAUUAAAAUUAAUAUACUGGAAGUAAAAAAUUAGAAAUUAACCUGAAAAAUGUUCCUUAUGUUUCAACAAAAGUUCUUUUACUCAGAAUGGAUGAGUAAGAUAACAAGUAUCUUAUAGAAGGAAUGACAAAGGAGUAAUUAGAUUAAUACUAAGAGAUUGCUCAUGUAGAUUAUAUGGAAGAAAACAAAAAAAAUUCAUAAAAGUAAAGAAAUGAGAGAGAAUAGUAAGAAAAUAGUGAAAUUUAGAAUACAGAUGCUGAAAAUGACGAACUACCUGAAUGGUCAGAUGAACUAGAAAAAGAGUUUUUGAAUAACAAAAAGUUAGCUAAAAUUAUAUACAGUGAAGACAUUUCAGUUUCUAAUUGGAAUUAACAAGGAUAUCUACCACUAGUUUAGGAAUAUAAUUUGUCAAAUAAAAAAAAAAUGGAGAGAGAAUAAUUAAUUACUAAUUAUCAAAAUGGAAUUUGGCUUACAGAAAAAGAACUAAAGUUUAUUGCAGACACUAGCUCAUUGCUUAACAAAUGUAUAGACUAGAACUAUGUUUAAAAAAUAGUUAAUCACAUCAGUAAAGAUGAUGUAUCUCGUUUAGAAUUAAGUUUGGCUGAAAAUAUUAUAACAAAUUACUAAAACAUGCAAAAUUUAAUUAGAGAAUAGAGACUCAAAUUUUUGAAGUAACGAUAAGCUAAAUUACUUGAAAAAAGAGAAUAAAACAGAUAGAAAUAAUUAAUGAAAGAACAAAGAGAAAAGGAGCUUAAAAUUCAAAGGAGAUAUGUAAAGAUGUUUAAAACAAUUGGAGAUAGAUUACUUUCAAAUAAGGUUUAAUACACUUUUGAUGUGCUACAAAAAAAUUUCUUUUGCAGAAUUUUUUUCGAAAAUAUGAAAAGUGUUUUAAACAAAUACCGUAAACGUAAAGAGAUUCUUGCAUUUUAAACAGAAGAAGGAAUUAAGAAAAUGAAAUUGCAAGAUUAAUUAGCAAAUCAAAAAGAUUUUGUAAAAAGAUUAGCUAAAGCUGAAAAUAUCAAAAAAGUAUGUGGUAAAUAGCAUGAGCUUCAUCCACCUUCAAAAAUUGCUUACUUUGCUCCUUCUGAUGAUCCAAUCGAUUCUAAAAGAGAAGAGCUUAUGAAUUUUAUGAGUGAUAGAUUUAAGCUUUCAACAAGAUCUAAACAGGAAGUAAGAAUAAAAGAAAACUUUUCUAAGUAUUACUCAGGUGGUCCCCAAAAAUCAGAGCUUGAAGAACAACCUAAUGUUAAUGGAAAAGAUUAUUUGCAAAAGAUUUAACUGACUAAAAAAUAAUUUGCUGGUAUUAUCAGAGUUUAAAGACUUUUUAGACAAUUCAGAAUGAGAAAAAUUAUAUAAAAUAUGAAAGAGUAAGAGUAUUCUAUUAAGCUAUCUUAAUAUAAAGAAAAGUUAAGAAGCUACUUAUCAGGAAGAAAAUUCCUUAAAAUAACCUAAACAAAGCUUGGAAGAGAAAUCAUACCUUAAAAGGGGGUUAUAGAAAAUAUUCGAGUUGAUGAAAGCUAAGCAUUUUCUGAGUAGAUUUAUAGUAGCGAUGAUGAAAAUGGAAAUUACAAAGAUAAAGCAAAAUAAGAUUACAAAACUACAAAAUCACCAAAUAAAUAACAAAAGGGAUCAUUGAAUUUAGCUUUGUAGACUCCAAAAAGUAACUAAUAAAAUGAAAACAUAAAAGAUUUCUAUAAUUUGCAUAGUACUUAUGGUGAUACUCUAUCUACUGAUAGACAUCGUCUCCAAUCAAAAACCGUGGAGGAUGAGAAUAACAGCAAGAACUAAAUUAGUCAUAUAAAAUUCUUAACUAAUGAAAAAAAUUUAACUCUAAGCAAUUUGGAUGAGACAGAUCACUAUAGCAACGAAUCACCAAAAACAAAAACAUCAAAAUAGAAUUUAGAAUAUUAAAAUUAGCCAAGUAUAAAGCAAGAAAAUAAAGUUUUAGAAGAGGGUAUUCGUUUAUCUGUUACAAGAUGCAGUAACACAGAUGUAGGUACUGCAACUCACAAAAAAAAUAAUCCUUCGUUAGUAAGCUUUUUGAGUCAUAAGCAGGUAUCAUACAAUCCAACUCUCCUUCUAAAACAGUAAAAGCUUCUUUAAGCAGCAUAGUCAAACUAAUUUUUACAAAUAAGAAAUUCUGGAUAUCUGAUUAAUUAAAGCGAUGUAAAUUGCAAAGAUAAAAAAUAGAAUACAGCAUUAAUUUAUGCAAUCUAACACUAAAACAUCACGUUUAUUAGAUGGCUUCUCAGUAAAGGUGCUGAUGUUAACAUAUUAUGCGCCUAAGGUAACACCCCAGUCCACUAAGCCUUUAAAACAAAUAAUCAUGAAAUUCUACAUGAUAUUUUGUGUAUGAAGCCAGACCUCAACAAAAUAAAUCAAGAGGGUUUAACACCUCUGGCAUAUGCCUCGUAAGACACCAUAAAAAAAUUUGAUUUAAAAGACUGUAUUGUUUUUAAAAAUGAUCCAAUAAAUAUUUAAGAAGAUGUAAAUAUAACAACUUAAAACAAUAACUAAAUGUUUAUAAGAGAGAAAAAACCAUUGAAAGCAUUAGGAAAAUUAAAAUUAAAUAACUUUUUCCCAAUAAAAUCCCCUACUAUAUAAUAAGUAAACUACACUUCAAUGUGA